AUGAAAAGGUUUUUCAAACGGUACAACAGUCAUUUUACCAGUAUAAAUUCGUCUUAUGAUUGGAGAAAUGAUUCGAAAGUGUUUUGUAUCCAGACAUUUUUCUUACGUGGGCGGCUGCAUCCCGCGAAAAACUUCAGCACAACGAAUAUUGGCAAUAGAUGUACUCUCGUUCCAGCAGAACCCGUUACCAUCAGUACGUUUAACACAAGAACUCUUAACUCAAUAGUAUCUGUAAACGAACUCCUUUACCACGCGGUAACACAACAGAAUCAUAUUAUAUGUAUACAAGAGCAUAGGCUACUGCAUGCACAAGAGGUAAAGUACAAUUAUCUUGGAAAUGGCUGGCAACUGGUAACAUCAUCAGCAACACAAAACUCACAGGGGGCGGCUAUAGGGGGUGUUGGUUUUCUUCUCAGUCCAGCAGCUAGCAAGUCUCUACAGAAUGUUAAUCAUGUAAAUCCAAGACUGCUCACAGCCAAUUUUGCUGGUGAACCAGCCUGUGACAUCAUAACUUGUUACAGCCCAACAAGUACAGGAACUAAAGCAGCGGUUAACACAUUCUACGAGGGUAUACAAAUGACUGUGAAUGACAUUCCAAAACAAAAUACUGUAAUCAUUUGUGGAGAUUUUAAUGCCAAACUCGGAAAAAAUAAAUUUGAUUGUAAUCGAAAUGGAGAAUUGAUGCUUAAGUUUAUUAAGUCGAAUGACCUAAUACCAGUAAAUAGGCAAUUAGAAAAACCUUUGGAUGAGAAUUACACAUUCGAAUCUCCUGGCGGUGGCAGAUCCCAGAUAGAUUUUAUUCUUCUUUAUGGAAGACACAUAAAUAUUCUUGGAAUCGUAUAUGUCGAUGAUUCAUUUAAAUCUGUUGGAUCAGAUCAUAGAUUAGUAUCUGCGAAAUUUACUUUGAAUUUUAAGACACAUCAGAACUCAUCAUAUGCUAGAAAACAUAACUACAUGGUGAAUGCGAACCAUGAAUUUGCGAGUAAAUAUUUAGUCAGAUGGAAAAACAAUACAAAAGUUCCAUAUUUAAGCAAUGACCCGAAUGUUCGUCAAGUAAGAGAACAUUUUAUGAAUAACGGUAAAAAACAUAAAGAGGAAUUAAAAUUUGCAUAUAUAAAAGCUGACGAAAAAUAG